GGCUACUCGUCCUCUUUUUCGGACUAAGCCGGCUUAUUGCGCCGCUAGCGUGUACUAGAAGCACCGGUCAUGGGGAAGUUGAACGUGGUGAUGCUUCGGUACCUCUCCAGAGAACACUUCAGGGUCCUGACAGCGGUGGAAAUGGGCAUGAAGAACCAUGAAAUAGUUCCUGCUAGCUUAAUUGCUUCCAUUGCCAGCCUUAAACAUGGUGGCUGUAAUAAAAUUUUGAGAGAGUUGGUGAAGCACAAACUUCUAGCUUAUGAACGAACUAAAACUGUCCAGGGUUAUCGGUUAACUAAUGCAGGAUAUGAUUACCUUGCUUUGAAAACUCUGUCUUCCCGACAAGUCAUAAGUUCUGUUGGAAACCAGAUGGGUGUUGGCAAAGAAUCAGAUAUUUAUAUUGUUGCAAAUGAAGAGGAGCAGAAGUUUGCAUUGAAAUUACAUAGACUUGGAAGAACUUCCUUUCGCAGUCUGAAAAAUAAACGUGACUACCACAAGCACAGACAUAAAAUGUCAUGGCUUUAUUUAUCCCGGCUAGCAGCAAUGAAGGAGUUUGCCUAUAUGAAGGCUUUGCAUGACAGAAAAUUUCCUGUUCCAAAACCUGUAGACUACAACAGGCAUGCAGUUGUUAUGGAACUUAUUGAUGGCUACCCUUUGUGCCAGGUGCGCCAAAUGGAAGAUCCUGCCUCUGUCUACAGUGAAUUAAUGGAUCUAAUUGUAAAACUUGCCAAUCAUGGUUUGAUUCAUGGUGAUUUUAAUGAAUUUAAUCUUAUAUUGGAUAAUGAUGACCAUGUCACUAUGAUUGAUUUCCCUCAGAUGAUAUCAGCCUCACACGCAAAUGCGGAAUGGUAUUUUGACAGAGAUGUUAGCUGUAUUAAGGAGUUCUUUAAGAAACGCUUCAGCUACGAGAGUGAGCUCUUCCCAACAUUCAAAGACAUCAGGAGAGAGUGUUCUCUUGAUAGAGAGAUUGCUGCCAGCGGCCAUAUAAAAGAAAUGCAGGAAGAUGGUGAACUGCUUUACCCACCAGGUUCUGAUGAGGAUGAUAAUACAACAGAGGCGUCAGAAUUUGUAGAAGAUGCUGAGAAUAAGCUCAACUUCUUCAGCAAAGAUAAAGAAAACAAUGCAGACUUCAUGUAUGAAAUGGGUGAUUUCUAUGAAAGCAAAACUGUUAACGACUUGACGUAUAGUGAUGGAGAGGCUGGUACAACUGACAGUAGUGAAAAUACACAAAGGCUGAGUAUGUCGAAGUUGUGUUCAGCCUUAGAAAAAGUUGAAGGGCAAGCUAUGCUUUGUAAGUCUGGUGAAGAGGCAGAGUGUUCUGCAAUUGCCUUUUCUGAGGGCAGAAGCAUAUCUGAAAAUGCUGCUGAAGUCGAAAAUCAGACAAGUCAAGAGGAGUGCUGUAAUAAUAGAGAGAAUGGAGCCAAAUGCCCUGGUCUGGUUGGCUUGUCAACUUUAAAUGAGGAAUUCAGGCAUUACAGAAAUGAAGAGAGUAUCGUUCAUGUUGCUGAGCACAGAACAAGGACUAAAAGUAUCACAUCAGUCAGAAGCGUUGGGAGCUGUUCAACCAUUCCAGCCGAACUGGUGAAACAGAAGAUAAAACGUCAUCUGACCAAACAUCAAAAGUCUGCUCUGAGGCAACGACUGCAAAAAGGAGAGGCAAAUAUUUAUACCAAACAACGUCGAGAAAAUAUGCACAACAUAAAGUCAAGCUUGGAUGCAGCUAGUUUCUGGGGAUGAUUUAUUAAAGCUCCUGUAGAACAUGAGAAAACUCAUCAUGUAUAGAGUUGAAAGAAUUAUGCUAAUAACUAAUAAUCCUUUUCUAUAAUGGAUCAAUCUCUUCCAACAACCAGAUGUUUUUCUGGAAGUUAAUAAACACAUUCUGGUUCCUGUGAUUUUGGUUGGGGGAUUUUGUUUUGUGUUUCUGGUUAAAACUGUUGACUAUAAAUUAAAUUAGAAGUACCAGCUAAGAUCGUUUAACUGCAGUAAUUUCCAACAGUAUCUUGUUGUAAAUCAGUUGUACUGUGUUUGUUUAGAUUAUCAAUCUUGUAUUGUGCAGAGGAUUGCUCUUAAGAGGGAAGGAAAGGAAAUUUUGAAAACCAAUUUUUGCAAAGACAUGAGAUUUAAAUUUAAAAUGUUGCCCUCAUGUUAUAAACAGGUAUUUUUUUGUUUAAUUAAAAAUCACAAAUAUGAACCUGAUAGCAGUUAGCAUUCAUAAGAUUUCUUUUGUACGUGUACAAACAUGAGCAAUCUGUAUGAUGAAUUUGCAUUCUUUGAAGCCAGCAAUUCUCAUUUAUGUUUUUCCUUCACUCCAAGAUCUUGGAUAUAAAUCUUGCCCAGAAGAAUAUGUAGUAAUAGCAGAGUUGUACAGACCUGGAAAGGACUAAGAUUUUAAUGUGCCUGCACAGUUACCAAUAAAUUGAAUUCCUUUAUACCUAAUAAAUAAAAUGAUGAGGAUUCUGGAA